CUCCUCUCAUCUUUGUAUCUCCCAUUUCCUAACGCUCUCUCGGAAACUCAACGUUCGCGAGGCACGCGAGGCGAUACGGAGCUCCGAAGAUAUAGUCGGGUCACACCUUGGAUUCCCGUACCGAAUCGGCGACUGAGACGCCUCCCUCCGUGGAUUGAAAGUUCGUUAUUCUGUUGGUUAAUUCGUAUAACCUAUAGUUUCUUUUGAUUAGUCGUGUUUGAUUAGCCCUCUCUUUGAUACUUUAGUCAUUCUUUAGGUAAUGUGAAUGUAGAUUUUGAUUCUUUUUGUUAGAUUGGGUUAUCUCUUGUUUGGUUUCUGAGAAACUUCUGCAGAGGAGAAAGUAGGUGAUUUGAAAUGUUGCAUUUUUUGGAUUCUUAUAUGUUCUGGUCUAGUUGUUAACAUUGCGAAAUUUCAUAUUUUGUUUUCUUGGGAACUAUUUUUGAGAGAAUAUGAAGGUUACGAAAUACGAAGCGCCAGAUUGUUUUUCGUCUUCACGCUAAGGUUUCUUAUAGGCGAAACAGUUCGCUAGGGUUAUCAGGAGCUUAAUUGAUGAAACUAGAUAAUUGAGAGCGCAUUUUUUUCUUUGUGCGUGCGUGUGUAGUGCGGUUUUUAUUUUAUUUUUAUUUCAUUUUCGCUUAUAAUUCUGUGAGAUUUGGAGGGAAAUUGAAUUUCCAUUUAGCUACAAUUAUCUUUGAAUUUGUUCUUUUCCUUUCCGUGCAAUGUGUGAACUGUUGUAGAUGCCAUUUUUUGUUGAAUUUGAUGAUGUUGAAGUAACCGGAGAAGUUUGGUAGUCAAUCUUAUCUGAGGGUUGCUUAUCAUUGACAACUUGUGCUCCGUUGAGUGAUUUGUCUGCUAGAGUCUUCUGGUUUAAUUUCAAUAUAAUGUGGUGAUGGUUGUGUUGGUGUAUUUGAUAUGUUAAUUAUUUAUUAUGUGUUUAUUCUGUGUACGUUUUUGUUUGAAAUUUUAAAUCUCCGUACAGAUUAAUGCCAGUUGUUCCACUUGUUAGACGCGUGCGAUGAUGUCUUAUUUUGGUAGUUUUGUUUUGUUUUUCUUUUUCGUAGUUGGGUGAUAUCAUUAACUACACCGUUUCUUGUAGUUCAUAUUUUUUUGGGGUGAAUUUCUCUUAUAGUUUUUCUUGCAUAUCAGAAACUUCUUGGAUGAUAUGUAUGGUGACUGAAAGUCAAUAAAGCAGUUGCUUGGUAGCGCUGAUAUUGCUCCAGUAAUCUUUUGAAAAAGAAAAAAAAAAAAAAAAUCUUUGUCGGCAAAGGACAAAGUAAACGUGUCAUUUUGACUUUAGGUAAAUAUUUUAAAGCAAAUAUAGUAGUUGAAAUUCAAUCUGUUUCACUUGAUUGAAUGCUCUGUUGAUGGAGAAACGGAGCCUGCAGUUGAAACAGUUUUUCCUUGAAGACCUCUUCAAGGAAUUACACUGCAUCAGUGGAAAUAUUGGUUUGCAAGCAAGCAACUCAUCAUUUAUAUGGAUAUGAACCAUAUGCUUAUAACUAUUUUAAUUAACAUAGAGUAAACCCUUUAUUAGGUAAUGGCUUGGAUAAUAUAUAUAGAAAGAUACACUAAAUGUGGAACCUUUUUGCUUGCUAGUAUAUUUUAAUACUGUGAAUAAGGAAUCGGGUGGAGGAGGGGCAGUAGGAAGAAAAGGAAGAAGAAGAGGAAGAAGAAACACAAUACUCAAAUAUUGAUAUAAAUAGAACAAUUGUGAAACCAAUUAGUGACUUAUGAAGUUGGGUAAAAAAAGAUUUUUAGUUGGUAGUGCCUUUAUGGAUACGUAAUUCCAAUGUAUGAAACACCAUUACUCAAAUAAACGAGUCUGUAACAUUGCUUAUAUAGGCCUAGCAGUAUUUGUAGCUUCGUUACACAUGUUUUGUCAUUUUAGUAUUUUGGGCCGUAGGUGAUGAUACUUCGUUCAUUUUUUAGGUUAAUGACAACUAUAGCUGUUUUCGCUGAAGUCAGUGAAAGUAAGUUAAGGUGGAUAGGAUAAACAUUUAGCUUUUCUGUUUUGGUCUUCUCUAGUAAGUUAAGUUUGGCUGACUGAAGAUAAUGAAGAACCACUUCUUUUAUUCUCCAUGGCCCUUGCUUGGUGUUUCUGUCUUCUUCCUUUACCACCCAUUCAUGUCUACAAAUUUUACGUCUUUGCGAACCCUCAAAAUGAAAAUUAUGCUGUGGAAACUAACAGUAUUUGUUAGGUUUUGGUACUUCCUUUAAAAUUAAAGGCAGGAGAGGAACUGUUCUUCAGACAGUCUUAAAGACUAGAGUCCACCAUUGAAAUUAUUCCUUGAAAAUAUGUAUAUGACUGCAUCAUCACUUAAGGUCAUUGGUUUCACUGCUCCACCCUUAACACGAAGCCUUAGGUCUCUCUCCUUUCUAACUCUUAAACUGUUCUUGAAACCUGUCAAUUUUAUUAUCAAUGUUGGUAGAUAGAGAGAUUGCAUCUUCUUGGAUAUGGGGAGCCUCAUUCUUGGAGGAGGCUGAAUUUCCUUUCUACCAACAAGACCUUGGAGUUAUGACAAUUCUUGGGGCUCAAGAAUUAACCAGUAAGAUAACAAGAGAGUUUGCCAAGAAAAAAAUGAACGAAAUUGUGAUUGGAGAAAAGCCUCCCAAGUCCUUUUUCAUAAGGUUUAAGAUUUUGGCGAGUUCAGUUUUCGAUGGAGACUCAGUGCAGAGUUGCCAAUCGAGGUUGGGGCGUCUAUUGGUCGUCCAGUAUAGUGGAUUUGGUUCCAAGACUUCAAGGAAUCAAGUGAUCAUGCGAAUCAUUGGUUAUACAGCUGGAGGCUUGGGAGUCCCAAUAUAUGGGACUCUUAUAGAUCUACUUGUUUUGAUGAAUCCUUCUCUUGGAGUAUUGCUGAUUGGAGCUGUUCAACCUUACUUGGAUUAUGUUGUUGCUGAUUCCCAUUGGUCUGCAGCUGUAUAGAAGAAAGCAACAGUAUCAUGCGGUGUUUGCCUGGCAUGAUCGGAUGACUGAAAAUGUCUUUCGAAGUUUUAGAAUGAUUCUUAAACUCGUUCCCAUAUGCAGGUGCUAUUGCCAGCUUCUAGAUAGUUCAUAGUUUCAUCCACAGUAUCCAAUGGGGGAAGUGGCUAUGGCAAUUAGGCAUUCUGAGUCUCAACAAUAUUUGCUGGAAGACAUGCACCACAUAACCUGCAAAAGCAACAAUACGGUGGCUAUUCACUCUGAACAAUCAGAUCAAGAGUGCAUGCUUGCUGAAGAAUCAACAGGUUCUACAAAAACAGCCGAAGUAUUGGAGGAAGGAUUUAUGCAAUAUGGAUGUUUGCAUUAUCGGCGAAGGUGCCGCAUCAAAGCUCCUUGUUGCAAUGAGAUAUUUGAUUGUCGCCAUUGUCAUAAUGAGGCAAAAAAUAACAUUAAUGUUGAUCCGAAGCAUAGACAUGACAUUCCGCGUCAUCAAGUGAAACAGGUGAUAUGUUCAAUAUGUGACACUGAACAAGAGGUUCAGCAAGUAUGCAUUAAUUGUGGUGUAUGUAUGGGGAAAUACUUCUGCGAGACUUGCAAGUUGUUUGAUGACGAUACAUCUAAGAAACAGUAUCAUUGCAAUGGCUGUGGAAUUUGCAGAAUAGGAGGGCGCGAGAAUUUCUUCCACUGCUACAAGUGUGGUUGUUGCUACUCUAUUCUCUUGAAGAACAGCCACCCUUGUGUGGAAGGAGCUAUGCAUCAUGACUGUCCCGUUUGCUUCGAGUAUCUAUUUGAUUCAAGAAACGAUGUGACUGUUCUGCCAUGUGGACACACUAUUCACAAAAACUGCUUGAAGGAGAUGCGGGAUCAUCUUCAAUAUGCUUGCCCUCUCUGCUCCAAGUCUGUCUGUGAUAUGUCCAAGGUAUGGGAGAAAUUUGACAUGGAGAUUGCAGUUACACCAAUGCCAGAACCUUAUCAAAAUAGAAUGGUUUGGAUUCUUUGCAAUGACUGCGGCAAAACAUCAAAAGUGCAGUACCAUGUCGUGGCCCAUAAAUGCUUGGACUGCAAAUCCUACAACACUCGCCAAACAAGAGGCUGAGCAUCUGACAGUAGCUAGAAUGGAUUGGCAAAGCAAUGACAACUACAACUGUGCUAAAAUUGGAUGCAUCUGUAAUCCGGGGUUUCCUCGACCAUUUCAAUUACCCGAGCGACUUUCAUCAGUAAAAGGGAAUUGAUCCACCCUUCUUGCUCCUGCAGCCUGGUCUCUGCCAUGAGAUCUGUCAUGAUCCACUUGCGUUCUCCUGUUUCUUAUGUUGUUUUUUCUUGUACUUGCCCUUGAAGUUGGUCAUGCAGAAAAAAGUUCUCUCUUAGAUUUGAUAAUGCAGACACUUUUUUUUUUCUUCUUCUUUUUCUUUUUCUUUUUCUUUUUCUCUUGAUCAUCCUCACUUGUUGUAUCCUACUUACCUAGAGUCAUCAUUGGCAUGGUAGAAGUGAGGUUCAUGAGCAAGCUUCGGUGGACCUGUGGAAAAUGCGAAGAAGCUUGGAUUGAAUUUGUGGUGAAUGUUGUAGAAUUUUUCUUUUGCCAUUCUUUUCAAAAGGUCCAUGGCGGUGACUUGGUGUCCAGGAAGGUUUAGUCGUCAAGAGAGCUACAUUUAGUCUUGCAACAAAAUAAGUAAUGAAUGGAGAUAAAAUGAGAAAUCCAUCGUAUUUAGGGUUCUUUUGUGAUUGCUUAGGUUCAAGAGUAUUACAGCCCCGGUCAUGAUUAGCAAUUUCAGAUAAUGAGAGAAUGGAGAUAUUUCAGCUUUUA